ACUCUCGGUCCGUGACUGAUUACUUGUGUUUUCAUCGGAAUCUUUUGAGUGAUUCAGAAAUGUCUUUUUCUUUCAUCAUGGAAUAAGUUGCAAAUGAAAUAAAAGCGGUGCUGAGACAAGGUGACUCGACUGAAUAAGAAAGAGAACCAUGGAGAGAGUGAAUCACAUGGAGCAUAAGGUUGGCAAAACUACAGUCAAAAGUUAGCCCACACCCUAGGACUUGGUGGGCAGCGCCCUUCGAGUUGGCCAUGUCUCACAGCGCCACGCACGCCACGUCGUCGCUCCCGGCGCCCAGGCGAAGGUUAACGGCAGUCGCGAGGUCCAGCAAGGAUAUGGAUCUGGAAGCUAUUAGAGAGAGAAGGUCUCGCCUGGAGGCCCUCACCGCCUCCCUCCGCCUCCCUCCCCUCCUGCCCAGUACAGCGGAACGCAGAGAGUCCACCUCCAGCGUCUCCUCCGUGCUGAAGCAGGUCAAACCCCGCCGAAGGCACAUGGCCGACCGCCCCCCUACCUCCAACCGAGAUCCUACUCCUUCAGGGAAGCAGAUGGUUCUGGAGGCGAAGCUGCCCGCCCUCUCCCUCCCUCCGAUGACUCCCUACCACAACCCACUUCCAGACAUUGGAAGGACGGCUGUGUGGGAGAAGGAGGAGGAGGACACGGAAGAGGAAACGAAUAAAAGAGACAAAGAGGAACGCGAGAGUCCCCUUCAUAACGUGGAUUCCCCCCCUCCGCCUACUUAUGAGGAAACGCAGCAGGUCUCGCGAUGGGUUGAGGAAAUCAACGCUCAGAAUUUGCUCCUUUCAAAGCAAGGGGAGAGUGACCGAGUUGAGACCUCUAAGCAGUCAGCUCCUUCGUCGGGAAAACGCAGGACGCCAACUCAGAAUCCAGAAGCCAUCGAGACACAGUUCACGGAUCUCACUUCGGACUUGGAAAAAAGACCUGCAACAGCAGCAAGUAAAGGGGAAGAUAAUGCUCAGGAAGAUGACAGAGUCCGCAACAACGAAGUCAAGGUUAGGAUCCAGGAGCUGGUGGAGCAGUUGAAGAGCGAGGACCCUUCAUUAAAUCUCGAAGCAAUGGUGGAAUCAAGAAAAAUCUUGUCUCAAGAAGUCGAUCCUCCCGUCCAGGACUUCAUUGACAACGGCGUUCUCCCGCUUGCCAUUACAAGCAUCAAAGGGGGCAAUUCCGACUUGCAGUACGAAGCCGCUUGGGUCAUCACCAACAUAGCAUCCGGGACCUCCGAGCAGACGACGGCCGUGGUUGAUCACGGCGCUGUCCCCAUCUUGAUCGAGCUUCUGAGUUCGCCGGAGGUCCGAUUACAGGAGCAGGCUGCUUGGGCGCUGGGCAACAUCUCAGCAGACAGUCCUACUCUCAGGAAUCAGCUGGUGGCGGAUGGGAUGGUCAAGCCUCUCAUAAAUUCAGUUCAGGAGGACAUGCCGAUUUCCUUCCGCCGUAACCUCUCGUGGGUCCUGAGCAACAUCUUUAGGUAUAAGGAGCUCGAUAUGCCUGAGGAGGAGAAACUACUCGUCCUUAAGGAACUGAAGAAUAACCUCGAGAAACAGGAUGAUUAUGAAGUCAAAUCCAACACAAUAUGGACAUUAAAUUACUUCUUGGAGCAAUGCGACAGUCACAUUGAACUCGUAGUAAAACAAGGAUUUGUCCCACUCUUGGUGCAAAACAUUAAGGAGAGUCAACUACAGAAACUGACGGUGCGAUGCCUUGGAAAUAUCGUCACUGGUAAUGAUACUCAGACGGAUAAAGUCCUAGAAGCCGGCGUCCUCCCCCUCUACGUCAACAUCCUCGCGAACAGCCCCAGCGACAGCAUACGAAAGGAAGUGAUUUGGUCCGUGUCGAAUAUCACGGCGGGGACGACGGCGCAGAUCCAACAAGUGAUCGACGCGGGUCUUCUGCCCAUUUUGGUGGACUCCGUGAUGAAGAGGCCUUUUGCUGAGAAAAAGGAAGCUUGCUGGGCACUCUCCAACAUCACCCACGCCGGCUUGGCAGAGCACAUCAAGGCCAUGGUGGUGGCAGACGCUCUCCCUGCCUUCACCAAGAUGCUCAUUUCCACAGACGUCCGUCUUGUAGAAGUUGUUCUGGAAGGACUGGAUAAUACUCUCAAGAAAUUGUCGGAUUCCGACGAAGGAGCAGAAGAGGCAAUCCAAAUAAUCCGCGAGGCCGACGGCGUCGACGUCCUAGAGUCGCUCCUGAAGUACGAGAGCGGCUCCGUCGUGGACAGGGCGAACCGCAUCCUCAUCACUUACUUCCCCAACUCCGAGGAAGCGUCGAGCGCCUACGACGCGAUGAUGGAGGAUCUGAGGAUGAUAUUCGGAGAGCCUACGGAAGCGAGCAGCGCCGAGGCGGCUCAGAACCUACCCGAACAGGCUUCCAAGUACACGGCCGUGCCCCUGGACCGGCUCGGCGAUGAGGAGGAAGAGAAGCCAGAGGGCGAUGGCACGAGUUCCAGCGCGUGAGCGCGUGAGCGAAGAUAGCAUGUGGUGUAAUUUAUUCAUCUAUUCAAUAAAAUAUUUAUG